CUCGACUCCCUCCGCUUUUGCUUUCUUGAAGCACCACCUCAACCCCCGUGUUCUUUUCCCUCUAUAUACCCAUUACCUGUUGUGCAACGCUCGGACGCGAUUUUUGCGGAUCGAGCUUCACACUGGUUGACCUUUCUUUAGUGUGUUCCAGCGCUUCUUUUUUGGGUUUUCUAUUUCGCCCCUCCCGCUAACGUGUGUUUGGGCUGGUCCGGAUUAGCAGGUUGAACCCGCUCCCCAAAAACAACGCAAGUCCGUCGCAUUCAGUGAAGGCGCUGUCAUUAUGGAUACCAACGGCGAAGUGACGGAGGCUGCUCCGGUUGUUGAGAAGCCGGUCGCUGAGACUGAGGACAAGGCCGUCGACGAAGUUACCGAACUCUUCAAGGGUCUUUCGAAAAAGAAGAAGAGCAAGAAGCCCAAGGACACCGAGGGCGGUGAUGACGAGACCCCCGCCGCCGACGGCGAGUUCGACCCCUCCGCUCUGAAGAAGAAGAAGAAGAAGCCGAAGAAGGUCGACGCCGGUGAUUUCGAGGCCAAGCUCGCCGAGGCCGGUGUUGCAGAGAAGGACGGUGCCGUCGCCGAGGAGAAGGAAGAGGUCGUCCCCGAGGGAGACCACGAAGCUGGAACCGGUAUCUGGGCUCACGACGCCGCGCAACCCAUCCCCUACUCGCUGCUUGUGUCCCGAUUCUUCUCCCUCAUUCAGAGCCACCACCCCGAUCUGUUGUCCAGCGGUACCAAGUCGUAUAAGAUCCCGCCGCCCCAGUGUCUGCGUGAAGGUAACCGUCGUACGAUUUUCGCCAACAUUGCCGAUAUCUGCAAGCGCAUGAAGCGGUCCGAUGAUCACGUUAUGCAGUUCUUGUUCGCCGAAUUGGGUACCAGUGGUAGUGUGGACGGUAGCCGUCGUCUGGUUAUCAAGGGUCGUUUCCAGCAGAAGCAGAUUGAGAACGUCUUGAGAAGAUACAUUGUCGAAUACGUCACCUGCAAGACCUGCCGCAGUCCCGACACCGAGCUCAACAAGGGUGAGAACCGUCUAUACUUCGUCACCUGCAACUCUUGCGGUUCUCGUCGUUCCGUCGCCGCCAUCAAGACUGGUUUCCGUGGACAGGUCGGCCGCAGAAAGAGACAGGGUUAAAUGGGUUAAUGGAAUUUUUGUCAAAGGGGGAGAAGGAUCCAUGGAGGAAGCUACUACCAUGGUGUCUUCGGUGGUAUCUUCUGGCGCGGUUAUGAUUUGUUUCCCCCGCCUUUUUCGUUUACAAAGACUUCUUCUUUCUUUUUUUCCUUAUCCUUUUUGCAUUCCAUCUCUUAUGUGAACAUGUGGAUGAUGAACGUUGUGGGAUCGAUCGAUCCAUUCUUGGCUUUCGAUGGUUCGGUUUCAGGGUGCAAGGGAUCUAAAAAAAAAGGGAAGAGGCGAGAGAGACGAAGUGAAGAUUUCUUAGCAUGGCAUGAUAGGUAAAUGGAUUGGUAUGACCUUAUUCCGAUUCUCACGUAUGCUGGCGACAUGGCAGAUGAAGCAGGAAUUGUGCUGGACUUUGCUUCCGCCUUGAAAAAGCGGUCGAGCCUGCCAGAGUCAUGAAAAGCUACCCAAAAGAAGUAAC